AGAUCUUGCCUAGGGACCUCUCUCGGCCUUCACAGGCUCUGAGGAGAUAUCUCGGCCUUUUCCCUAUUUUACAACAUCCCCUUCACCUAUUCCCAGGGAGGACAAAUCACAGAGAAACAGCCACCUUCAAGAGGCCUAGCAGGAAAACCGGAAUUGUGGGAGGGAGCCGAUGGCUGCCUGGUGACGCACUUCCGUUCCGGCCAUUGUCAUCCCUAGAGGCAGGGGAGGCAGGAGUCUGAGAGAGCUGGGGCUGCGUCCCUCUGAGCAGCGAGUCGUCGUUCUCUCAGCCUCCGGGACUCGCGCUCAGUCUCGAUCCUGAGGUUCUUUUUGCCCUUCCCUGAAGGGGGGUAAACACAAGAGGUCCCAUGAUGGCUGCUAUAAAUCUGCUAGCUGAACCCCAGGAAUCAGUGACGUUUGAGGAUGUGGCUGUGUACUUUACCCAGAAGGAAUGGGAAGGCCUGGCCCCAACUCAAAGGGCCCUAUACAGAGAUGUGAUGCUGGAGAAUUAUGGAAAUCUGAUCUCCCUGGCAGCAUUUCUGUUUCCUAAACCUGCUGUAAUCUCCCAGCUAGAGCAAGGCGGGGAGCCCUGGCUCCUGGAUCCACAGGGACCACUAGACAGAGAGGGCACCUAUUAUAAAGGGUGUCCAUUUCCGAAACCUGCAGUGAUCUCUCAGCUGGAACAAGAAGAAACAGGAAGCCUUGAUGUUCCGGGAUGUCCAAACAAAGAGGGUCUGCAGAGUACCUGCAAUGAUGGUGAGACCAGGACUAAGAAUGAAGAGUUGACUCCAAAGCAAGAAGUAUCUGAUAGAAAACGUCCACAGAUGGUGUCAAUAGGAAUCCAGGUGAAUGUUCCUCGGAAAUCCCACUUUAAAGAAAUCAAUAAACUACAGAAUAAGCUAGAGAAGCAGCAAAGAAAUCCCAAAGAAGAUGGAAUAAGAAGAGUGGAGAAAGAUUUCAUUAAAAUGACAGUAAAGGAUGAAGAAAUAGAAAGGAAAUGUCAGACACAUAAAAAUUUAGGAAAAGAUGUUAGUGGAAUCUCACAUCUUACAACACAUCAGAAAGUCCCUGGAGGACAGAUAGCCUAUCAGUGCGAUGAAUGUGGCAAACAUUUCUAUCAGAGUUCAGAUUUCUUUCAACAUCAGAGAAUUCACUCUGUAGAAAAGCCUUAUGAAUGUAAGGAAUGUGGAAAAGCCUUUAGCUUUAAUUCUACACUUGUUCAGCAUCAGAGAAUCCAUACUGGGGAAAAACCCUUUCAAUGCAAAGAAUGUGGGAAAGCUUUCAGUUGUAGUUCACAUUGUACUGCACAUCAAAGAAUUCACACUGGAGAGAAGCCCUAUGAAUGUAAGGAAUGUGGGAAAGCCUUCAGCUUUAAUUCAACACUCAUUCAGCAUCAGAGAAUCCACACUGGGGAGAAACCUUUCCAAUGUAAGGAAUGUGGGAAAGCCUUCAUUCAAAAAAUAACCUUUGUCCGUCAUCAGAGAAUCCACACUGGGGAGAAACCUUAUGAAUGUAAAGAAUGUGGUAAGGCUUUCAGUCUGAAUUCACAGCUAAUUCAUCAUCAGGCUGUACAUACUGGAGAGAAGCCUUUUGAAUGUAAGGUAUGUGGGAAAGGCUUCAUUCGCAACUCACACCUUAUUCAGCAUCAGAGAAUUCACAUGGAGAAAUUUUUUCAAUGUAAAGAAUGUGAGAAAUCCUUUAAACAGAAAGCAAGUUUAAAUCGGCACCAGAGAAUCCACUCUUGGGAGAAAUCCCAUGAAUGUAAGGACUGUGGGAAAGGCUUCAGCAAGAAUUCAGAUUUGAGUCAUCAUCAGAGAUUCCACUCUAGAGAGAAACCUUAUGAAUGUAAGGAAUGUGGAAAACUCUUUAUUCGGAACUCAAAUUUUAUCCGACAUCAGAGAAUCCACCCUGGGGAGAAACUUUUGAAUGUAAUUGUUGGUCUCUGUGUACCCCAAGUUCAAGUUAGCAGGCCUUCUACUAUCUGGCCUCACUUAACUUAUCCAUCCAUAUCCUCUACUUUUCCUCAAGCUGAUUCCUCCAGCCCAUCCAGUCCAGUCUCUUCACUGUCUUCACCAAAUACUGUACGCAUUCCUACUUCUAAGCCUUUGCUAAUGCUGCUUCCGCAAAUGCCCUCACCUCUUCUCUCUCCCUUUUUUUGAUUUUUUUAAAAUCAGAAGCCACAUAGUAUAUCCCAACUACUCUGAGCUCACCAAGAUUUCCACCUCCUACUCUUUCUUAGUGCACUAAACAGACCAAGAACUCCAGCUAGUAAUUACAUAGUAUCUUGUAUUAUUUUCUUACUGAUUCAUUGUUUUCAUCUCAACUAGAUUGUAAAUUCUUUAAAGGCAGAGAGAUUAUAUGGACGAUAAAAACAAGGUGAAAAGAUGAGUUGGACAAAGAUCAGUAGAAAUUAGGUGUCUUUAGUUUAAAUUAAUAUAGACCAAUUGGAAGCAGCAUGGAAAUUAGCAUAAUCACUCCACCCAAGAUAGGAAGAAUUGAGAGAGAGAACAUAAUUACUCAGAAAUAGGUAAAAAUGAUUAGAUGUUUCAAGCUUGACUUUUUAGGAUGUUUUGAUGAAUGGAUCUGGUUCUUAAAUUUGCAUCUUCAGAAACUGAAUUUUAUUUUUGAUUCAGAUUAAACACACAAAAUUGAUAUAAACCAAAAAUACCUAGAUUGGGUAUUUGUGCACAAGCAGACCACCAACUUGUUAGAACAAAGAUCAGAAUUAGAAUAAACACGAAAGAAAAAGUGUUAAUUGGGAAAAUAUGGUCUUAAUCAAGUAAAGCAUCUAAAAUGAAAUUGUUGGGAAAGUGACCUUGGCAUGAAAUGUUUUCCUCACAGAGCUUCUAUUUGCAUACUGUUGAAUUUAAAUAGGAUUUACUCUGGGUGAAAAUUGUUAAGUAGGCAAAGUCUGUCUUCAGAGUAGCCCCUCUUCCUUUUUUGUUCAUUUUUAUCUAGGAAACCGUGUCUCUAAUCUAUGAUAUAGUGGAUAGAGGUAUAGGAUUUGGACCCAUGGUAUCUGAGUUCAAGAUCUAGCUUAGCUAUUCCUUCUUCAUCUCUACUUGUAUCACUUUAACUUUUCUGGGCCUCGGUUUCUUCAUUUGUUGAUUGAGGAGAUUGUAUUAGGUGAGCUCCGAGGCCAUUAUAGAUCUAAAUUUAAGAGACUUUGACCAAAACUUACUCAUAUCAAUUAUACUAGUCUUAGGCUAUUUCCAUUUUAGGCCUUUGUCUCCUGUUAAAGGAAUUUUAGGCAAAUGGGAAGAUAGCCACUCUUUUUCUCAAAUUCCUUUUAGAAAACUUCAUUGUCUAUAGGACCAGAUACAAGUUCCUUGGCUUUAUAGUCUAUAGUCUGACUUCAGCUUCCCUUUGCAGUCUUAUUUUGUUCUGUUCCCCUUCGCACUCUGUUCUAGUGAAACUGGUUUGAUCAUUGUCAGUCUAUGCCUUCUUGCAUUUGCCCAGGCUGUUCCCCAUCCCUAGAAAACAUUCCCUCCUCACCUCCACCAAUUAAGAUCUUUUCUUAAAGGAUCGGUUUAGGUGUUACCUCUUCCAUGAAUCCUUCCCUGAUCUACCUUGAUUGAGUGUGUAGGAGGAAGUGGAAAGCAUCAGCAUUCCUCAUAUUUACCUAAACCAGUUUGUCAAUUGGACCUGUGAUUUCAUUGAUAUAGGGAGCUCUCAGAUAAGAAAACUCUAACCUGAUAACCUACAGGUUAAUACCUUCUCUGUAACUUUGUCUUUACUUCAUCAAAUGCUGAAAAGCUCAGAGACUGGCCCAAAGUCACAUGGCUUAUAUGUGUUAGAAAUAGUACUGAACCUAGGUUUUCCUGUUUGGGUGACUAGCCCUCUAGCCACCUCCCUAUUUCACCUCUCUUAUCAGACUAAAUAACUGUCAAAAAGGAAAUUACAUGAAUCUAGUAUGGCCUGUUCUUGAUAAAGCUAUACUGGCUCUUUGUAAUCCCUACUUCCUUUUCCACUAUUUUUUCUUUCAAUCUUUUAGAAUUUUGCCAAGAAUCAAAUCAAAUUUCACUUAUUAACUAUGUAGACUACAUUGUUGAUCUGUCCUUUUUGGUCUAGUAAUCAUUCUCAGUAGAAAAAACGGAAGAGUUGAACAUCUCUGCCUUCUGUCCAGGGUGUAUUACCAUCAUCUCCUCUACCCCAAAGAGGAACUCAGUGCUUCUUCACCUUUAUCCCACAUGGCUUUUUAAAAAAUCCUUUUUGUCCUUACCUCAGUUCAUUCUGACUGAGCUUUAUUUAACAUCUCUGACACAAUUACAGAACCAUAUCAUGGUUAUAUUCAUCCUCUGUUAAAUGCCUUUGUUUCCUGUUUGCACAGCUUUGAAAACAAUCUUUGUCCAUAAAGUAACUGAGUAUCCAUAUUAGUCUCUUCCCUUCUUUCCUCCUAAACAGAAUUGUAUUUCUGUGUCCAUUUCUUCUCUUUGGAUGAGGUAGAAGAUUUUUAUUCCAGAAAGUCAUGAGAAUAAAUGGCAAUGUAUGAUAAGAAAUGGAUAUAAAGAAUUAAAUAUAUAGGAAAAGUUGUAUGAACUGAUGCAGAGUGAAAUAAUUUGAAUAAGAUACAAUAUCCACAAUAGUGUAAAAACAAUUUAAAAGGUCAUAAAGACUCAUCAUCGGUAAGCAUUCCUCUCAUGGUAGAGUUUGUGAAUAAUAGAUGCAUACACUGUCAGUACAGGACCAGUGUGCUGGUUUUUAUUACCUAUACUUUUUCACAAGGGAGGAUUCUUUGGAGGAAAGAGACUUUGGGAAAUGACAAUGAUAUAAAAAUAAAAGCAUCAAUAAAAAUUUUUAAAGGAGAUAAAAGCAAGGACUGAAGGCUCAGGAAAGUCUAUCAUACUUUAAUAAUAACUGACAGCUUGUAAAGGAUUUACAGGUUAAGUGACUUGUCCAUGGAUACUAUAAGAGGUGUGAGACCUGAUCUUGACUUCAAGUCCAGUACUCUUGACAAGUACAGCACACUGAUGGCUUCCGUGGAAUCAUCCAUCUUUCUAAUGCUAUACAAAAAGACCUUUCUUCAUUGUAAAUGGUUUAAUAUUAUCAAUAUCCUAUUUGUUCAUUUUUGCUUAAUGUUAUAUGGAUGGGAAUGCAAAAACCAUAAAGUUUGGUUCCAGCUGGGAUAGUCAAAGAGUUAAUGGUUGUAAUUUGUUAGGUACUAAGGACAUUUAGCUAGUGUAGGUCUUUGGCCUCCUAAUUGCUGCAUGAACAUGGAAUAAGGAAUGAGAAAGGAAAAAGAAUUGCAGAUCAUACAGAAGUCUUACACCUCUAGUCUGAACACCAUCUUUGAAAACUUAUAAAAGGAACCAUCAGGUGAUGAAUAUAACAAUCACUGAAUAACAUCACCAAAAAUAUAUAUAUAUCUGAAAUGACUUUGUACUGAUAUGAGAAUUAGCCCUAGACUGGGUAUUUGUGCACAAGCAGACCACCAACUUGUUAGAACAAAGAUCAGAAUUAGAAUAAACGUGAAAGAAAAAGUGUUAAUUAGGAAAAUAUGAUUGAAACUGUUAUUGAUCAUGACAAAUGGAUAGAAAUGAUGUGACAAAUUUCAAUCAAAGUCUGUUAGAAAGUAGUUUGUAUGACAAGAGACCAAAAGAACCUAAAGAGUACCUUCAUCAACAAACACGACCUUCUUGCCAGUUGGAGAAAGAGGUGGCUGUCAAGGGCAACACCAGCUUAGUAAAUAAAUUUGUAAAUUCUUCCAAAGAAGGAUGCUGGAAGAAUAUAAGUAGUAUGUCACAAAGCAGAAAGAAGCAGUAGAGAAUAAAAUCACACUCUAAAGAAAGCUUGGUCAAAGACCUAAUUGGGGUUACAUUGAAGGCUUAAAGGAUGAAAACAGGACAACAAGCAGGACCAAGAAAUGGGAAAGGAUUGACAAUGGUUUUUCUAACUUCACCAUCAAGCACAUUAGAGCCACUGCAAUUGGACUCUAUAACAUGUCGGACUUGCAUGUACUUACAGAGGAGGUGAAAAUAUCGCCAAUGAGAAUAACACUGGGAGAAGCAUCCAGAUUUGAUCCAGUGUACAUACAGAAGAUCUGUUCUAGAAGCAACACAAUUGUCAGCAUUAAGAGAUAGAAUCUUAAGGUGUUCAAGAAGAGGGGAAGCUACAAAAACUACAAGAAAUAAUAUACUUUAUUAAGAAAAUGUGACAAACCUUUAGCAAAUAUUUGUUUUCAUGCUUUACCAUCAAUAUAAAACUUUUAUAUAGAAGCAGCAUGGAGUAGUGGGUGGCCUCAGAGCCAGUAAGACUUGAAUUCAUGGCCUGCCUCUGACACAAACUGGCUGUGUGACCUGAGCAAGUCACUUAAACCUCUCUCUAGGCAGCUCUCUUAAGACUUUAUAUGCUUUGUGCAGAGUAUGAGCUUCAUAAAUGCUUUUUCAUUCAUUAAUAACUUGAGAGAUGGUGCAGCUUAUAUUACAUUGGUAGAGAUAUUUUCCUCACCAGGGAGUUCCCUCUACCAAUGAAAUCACAAAUCUGUUCACUAUCCCUUAAAAUUUUUUAUGAGAAUCCUUUCUAGAAAGAUUGAAGACAGGUGAUAAAUAUCAAGUGCGUUGAAGAGGUGCAUAUUGUAACAAAUAAUAAAUUAUUAGAGAAAUACAUGACAGGAAAGAGCAUGAGGUUGGUCACAUGGUGAGAGCAAAAGCUGUCAGGUGAACAACCUAAGUGUUCCACUGAUAUCCUCAUGAUGUCAAGAGACAGCAAGGAAAGUUCCUUGGCAUGUUGAGUGGACCUCCUGUGGCAAAUAUGAGAGAACAGGGACAAGAAUUCCAUGGCAUGAGCAGGCAUGAAUAGGCUGUGAUCUUACUCUUUGGAGGUAACAUUCAAAUUGGUGGAUUUGAGAUUGGGAGUGCCUGUGAGUCCUUUUGAUUCUAUUUGGGGUUUUCCUUUUAUUUUUGAAGUGUCCAGAUCACAGGAGAUGAGCUACAUAAUUCCUUUUAUUAAGCACCUUAUAUACUUGUUGAUUUAUUUGAAGAUAAGAACAUAUACACAGAUAAGUACAUUUUAAAUUAUACAAAGUGAACGUGACGUAAUUUCAGCAGGGGUAUUGCUAAUGGCUUCUUGGAGGUGAUAACACUUGAGCUGAGUCCUCUAUGGAGCUAGAGAAUGUAGGAGGUGAAGGUGAGAAAUGAGAGCACUCUAGGCAUAGGACACAACCUAUGUAAAGGCAUGGAGGAUGGAGACCGCUGGAGGAGACAGUUAUUCUGGAGUCAACUAGAAUGGCUCUCUUGAUGUUAAAUUUUUCAGUGUGAGCAUUUACACUUGGGAAAUCAGCAAACACUAUAAAUCAAAGCUUUGGUGAUUACCUAGACUUUUGAAAGUGAUGGAAAAAAUGUU